GAGACCCGGGGUGCUCGCAGGGCCCUCAGGCGGACCGGGUGGCGCAGUAGAGGUGCGCGGCGCGGCGUGAUGACCGUCACGAUGGUUCUUGCCGCGGGCUGGCUUGUGGUGGCCGCGGUGACGGCCCCGACCGCCAGCCAAGCUGCCCGCCACGCCUGUCCGGUGAACCAGCGUUCCAGCGGCUGCGGCAUACAGCAGGUGCUGUGCCAGUGGUCCGCCGACUGCCCGGCGCCGAUGGCCUGCUGCAACUUCGGCUGCAGCGUCCGCUGCUCGCUGGGCUGCGCCGGCGGCUGCCCGGAAGGCCACGAGUGUCACUUGACUGAGGGCGUGGGCUCCUGCCGCCCCCGCCCGGUCAACUGCUACCAGACCGGCUGCGAGGCCCAGCACAGCUGCCAGACGGGACCCAAAGGGCCCGUCUGCCGCCACGUCUCCCUCCCCAGCUGCGCGAACACGCGGUGCCCGCGGCUGCAGAUCUGCCGCCUGGUGGCCGUGUCCGGAAGCUGUGAUGGCAAGUCGUCGCCGUGCGUACCGAAGCUGAAACCGCUUUGCUUCCACCCGCCGCAGUAGAUCAGCAGGAUUUCUUUACGGGUGAAGUACCCGUACACUUCAUUGCGCAGUAGCACAUCGUUCCUCAAAGCUGUGCGAUGCCAUCGUGCUGGUGUAAUGAGGAAAUAUAACUUAUCGCGUACGUCGUCACACUAUCCCGAAGCCGGACAUGUGGCCAGUCAGCGCAAAUGUUGACCGCAAGGAUAACAGACAUCUGCUGCAAUUCGUAUGAGUGGAGGUGUAGAAAACCCCAAACCGUCUUGGAAGUUUGUAUGACAAGACUGCAACAAGCUCUAGAUAUUCUUCUCAUUGCUUACAACUCACAUCCUUUGCAAUGUCUUAACAGCAUAUAACAUGCAAGAAAUUGCAAGAUCGUGGAAGAAGGUCAAUAUGUUUUCAUUCGAUCAGGUUCAGUCCGUUUUCGAUACACUAAACAAUCAUUAUCAUAGAACAGACGCAAAUGAUCAUUCACGGCACGUCAGGUUACGAAUCAUUUUAGUAGAAAUAGUUUUUUAGUGGAAUAUUGCAGGCAUCAUUCUUUAGACUAAAUGGCUGUUACAUCUCGAGAUUGGUGAUGAUUUUCCCGUGAUCUCUGUUUUCCACACUGAUAUGCAUAUAGGUUGACUGUUGAUGGUCGCCACCAAGAGGUGUCGCCACUUACGCGGCGGAGUGCAUGAUUACAACCGGGGUCGGAUACUCAGCUCGGAUUUGUGGGUUGUUCGGGA